CAUAGGAUGCCUUGCUGGGCCAUAUUUGGCCUGUGGGCCCCCUAUUGACUAUCCCUACUGUAACCUUUAGGUUCUGUAGGCACAGCUAAUCCUGCAAGAUGCUGAAUAGGCUCACGCUUGAUGUCUUGCAGAAGGCAAGGAAUAAACCCCAGAAGUGGGGGUGUAUAUUCUACAUGGAGAAAGACAACUCGGUGACUGAAUUUCUUUAAAAGAUUGCCCCUCUCAGCUCCACAUUCUGCAUCAUUGCUUAUCUUUGGAAUAGCCGGACUAGUCAGGAACCAAGAAUCUGGAGCAGGGUAUUUCUGUUCAUCAACACAAGCACGUUGCCUUAAUAGGCAUGUGUCAAAACACAUGCUCCAGUUCUUGGCUUGCUGUCCAAAGGGUUUCAGGUCCACAAUACUUGGAAUCCAAAAAGUGGAGACCUAUGGAAACUUCAGCUAGUGAUAAACACUGUGCGCUAACAUUUAAUACUACUUUAAAAUCUAAAUUUGUUUAAAGAAAAAGUGAAAGGGUUUUAUUUAAAAAAAUAAUCUGAACACAAUAAAAGAGUUAAUUGCAGAUAGAGAGCUAUUCCCAUGUACAUGUACUUUUUGCAGUUCUGCCAGCCCUCUUUGACAUGAGCCUACACUUAUCAAAAAUUAACCUUUAUUACACAUGAAGGUUAAAUAAACAAACUGGUCCCUGAAUAAAUGAAUCAAAACAUGUGGUUUGUGCAGACUCUCUAGUACCAAAAUAGAAGGGCUCAGCAUGUAACCACUCACUUUACCUUCCUAAAGACAUUUCACUUAGUCCCAGACAACAGCUGCAGCUAAAAAUAACAAAUGACAAGCAACCUUAACCUUCGUUAAACACAGAAGCCACUCUCAAUGCCGGAAAGAAAUCAAAGGCAACAAUGAAGUCGCUGCGGUUCAUUAGUGCUGAGGCAUUGGUAUCAAAUGCACAGUUUGCCAGGAAAAAUCUCCACAGUGUUGCACAUAACCUUUUUCCUCUUCUUUUUAAAGCCAGUUAUUUACAGGAGCAGGGGGAAGUGAUUCAUGACCUGGUGGAAAACUGGCCCCUGGCAGACUUUAAUAUAGGAAAACUGUUAGGGACAACAGUGGAUUACCAGGAAGACCUCAGCAGCAGAGCAUGCUGUGUUUGUUUGGAAAGUUGUCUAAUUGGGCUGAGAGACUACGUGCUGAAUUAUUCUUCUCCAUACUCCAAGCGACUGAAAGUGGUGGACCUGACAGGCAUAAGAGAUGUUGAAGUUCAGCUCUGCAAGUGUAAGAAGACUAUGGGAAGGUGGGCCAGGACAGAGUUACUAUCAAAGCUCUGUUUUGAGCUGCUUGUCGAAAUGCAAAGUCUGCAGUUCAAUCCGUGUAUCUUUGAUAUCGCUAUCGAUGUCUUCAUUGACCUGUUUGUUACAGAGAGGAACUAUGAACUUGUAGUCCAGGCCUUACUAAUGAGGUGCUACUGUCCACUAAAGCUUCGUUGUGUGGCAUUCAGAGCUGAUAGUCUCACUUUACGAAAGCUGUUCUAUGUCAUAAAGCUCACAGACCCCUCUUCACUGCGCAAACUGGAAGUGGUUCACAAUAUUCGUUUGGAGAUGGAGCAUUUGGAAGUGCUAUUAAAUAACAUCCACUUUCCUCUACUGACAUCACUUACACUACCAGCCAGAGCAUUCAACGUGCAGCGGUAUACAGAUGAGGAUGAAUCAAUCCUUACAACUAUUGGAGAGAAGUUGAGCCAAAUGACGCAGCUGACUGAGCUGAGCCUGGCAUUUUCUACCCUCACAGGAAAAAUACGGAAACUGCUCAGCCCACUGAAAACCCCUCUGAAGCUACUGGAUGUCUCUAACUGUUCCUUGAACCAUGCUGACAUGGCCUAUUUAGCCAAUAGCCUCCAUUCUAACCACCUGGAAGUACUGGACCUCAGUGGGCACAAUGUGGCUGAUCUUUACCCAUCAACCUUCUUCAAACUUCUCAACCACUGUUCUCAUACUCUGAAGAGUCUCAUCCUUGAGGAAUGUAACAUUGAAGACAUUCACGUAAAUAUGUUGAUUUUGAGUUUGAUCCCCUGCAGGAAACUACAAGAAUUCAAGUUCCUUGGAAAUCCCCUGUCAUCCCGAGCACUUAAAUGCCUCUUUAAUGUUUUUAGUGAGUUGCCAAUGCUGAAAUACAUUGAGUUCCCAGUUCCUAGGGACUGCUAUCCUAACAGUGUCACCUAUCCAAUUGAUGAUGCUGAUCUUUCAAAAUUUGAUCACCAAAAAUAUGAGAGAAUAGCAGAAGAACUUAAUAUUGUUUUACUUCAUGCAAACCGGGAGGAUAUAAAGGCUUCAACACCACUCUUUGGAGGCUACGAUGCAGCCAUUCAAGAGACUGGUAAUGAACUUGGAUCUUGUUUGCUGAAAUCUUUCAAAGAUACUUUAGAAAAUUUUAACAAAGCUCUUCAAGAAAUAAAUUAAAAUGUAGCGGUGAUGACUUGCUUUGCCCAAAGGAGAGUAAAUUCAGUGUACACACUGAACUUCCAAACACUGCAUCUUCAUUUCUGCUUUUGCUGAUUUCUGGACUAGACUUAGCUUUCUUUAUUUGGAGCUACUGUACAGUUCACAUGUUUUUAACUGUGCUAUGAUCUGUCAUGUGUUAAUGUAAAGGCCACUUUUUGAGAACUUUAAUCACUUCAUACUUUCCACAAAAGAACAGAUUUGGUUCUAGUUACUGCAGUAAAACAAUAUAUGAUUGUGUUUCAUCUGCAGUAUGACUUAACCCGACACUAGCUAUAUUUACCUAAUAAUUAUUUGGUAAAUUUGUGCCAUCCUGCAAAUAAACACAUUGAGAGGGACCUUAUGAGGAACUAAACUCACCAAUUUUCUCUUGUUACCCACACAAAAUACUCACACUCUCUAGGGGCACCCACCCUUACCUGUUCCUAGGGCUCAGGUGUAACCUUUCCAAUAUAGGAACUCACCCAUAUCUUUCUGCAGGCUUAGGCAUAACCUUACACUUUGUGGGCUUGAGGGGUCUUUACCAGUGGAAGAGCCUUACACAGUAAUAUCCUAUUUAAUCUCUAUUUAUUAACAAUCAUCAAAAACAGAUGCACACACCAGGCAUGCAGUGCUCACCAUUCCCAAUAAGACAGAUGAACUUGCCUUGAAGGAAAGUCAGGAUCAGGUCCAUCUGGGGGACUCCAGUUUCACCACAGUGUCAUUGGCACAGGGUUGAGGUCUGGCAGCUCUGAUCUUGGAGCUGUGUCCUGGAGUUGGUUUCCAAAAAAAUUCCUUUUGG